GUCCUCCAUCCGCUCCUCAUAAUCUGAUAUCUAAUGUCAACGAGACGUCGGUGCUGCUGGAAUGGAGUGCGCCUCUCUCCUCCGGAGGCCGUCAGGAUCUCACCUACAACGUUGUGUGUAAGCAGUGUGUGCGAGACACGCAGAGAUGCAUGCCGUGUGGAGACGACGUGCGAUACUCUCCGCAGCGGCUGAGUCUGCGCUCCACGCGGGUGUCCGUUCACCAGCUGCAGGCGCACACCAACUACACCUUCCAGAUCUGGGCCGUCAACGGGGUGUCCAAACACAGCCCCAGUCUGGAGCAGGCCGUGUCCGUCACGCUCACCACCAACCAGGCCGCUCCCUCCACAGUCAUGAUGGUUCAGAGUAAGGACAUCACACGCGACACGCUCUCUCUGUUCUGGGAUGAACCCGACAAACCCAACGGCGUCAUACUGGAGUAUGAGGUUAAAUACUAUGAGAAGGAUCAGAAUGAGAGGAGUUAUCACAUUGUAAAGACGACGUCUCGUAGCGCUGAUAUUAAAGACCUGACUCCGCUGACCUCCUACAUGUUUCACGUGCGCGCUCGCACCGCCGCAGGAUACGGGGAGUUCAGCGCCCCAUUUGAGUUCAGCACCAACACCGUCGCAGCUCCUGUUGUUGGAGGAGUCAUGAGCUCUGCUGUGCUGCUGCUGUUGGUGGCCGGAUGUGUUGUUGUUCUCCUCCUCAUCCUCAUCAUUACCUUCAUCAUCACCAAAAGGAGGAGCAAAUACAGCAAAACUAAACAGGCAGAGGAGAAAAACCUGCAGCCAGGGGUGAGAAUAUAUGUGGACCCUUUCACCUACGAAGACCCCAACCAGGCCAUCAGGGAGUUCGCUAAGGAGAUCAAUACCUCCUGUAUCAAGAUCGAGAAGGUGAUCGGCAUCGGUGAGUUUGGCGAGGUGUACAGCGGCCGUCUGAAGCUUCCUGGAAAGCGAGAGAUCUGUGUGGCCAUCAAGACGCUGAAGGCGGGGUUUACUGAGCAGCAGAGGCUGGACUUCCUGAGUGAGGCCAGCGUGAUUGGCCAGUUUGACCAUCCUAAUAUCAUUCACCUGGAAGGCGUGGUCACCAAAUGCAAACCAGUUAUGAUUAUUACGGAGUACAUGGAGAACAGCUCACUGGACAUGUUUCUCAGAAAGAAUGACGGCCGCUUCACAGUUAUUCAGCUGGUGGGCAUCCUGAGAGGAAUCGCAUCCGGAAUGAAAUAUCUAUCUGACAUGAGUUACAUUCACAGAGAUCUGGCAGCACGGAACAUCCUAGUGAACAGCAACCUGGUGUGUAAAGUGUCUGAUUUUGGGAUGUCCAGAGUGCUUGAAGACGAGCCAGAAGGAGCGUAUACUACCAGGGGAGGGAAGAUUCCAAUCCGUUGGACGGCUCCAGAAGCCAUCACAUACAGGAAGUUCACCUCAGCCAGUGAUGUGUGGAGUUACGGCAUCGUCAUGUGGGAAGUGAUGUCAUAUGGUGAACGACCAUACUGGGACAUGAGCAACCAGGAUGUGAUAAAGGCAAUAGAGGAAGGCUACCGGUUGCCGCCGCCCAUGGAGUGUCCGCUGGCUCUGCAUCAGCUCAUGCUGGAGUGCUGGAUGAGGGAACGAGCGGACAGACCCAAAUUCAGCCAGAUCGUCAACAUGCUGGACAAACUCAUACGCAAUCCUGCCACGCUCAAGAGGACGGCGGGAGACGCCAGCAGGCCCCACCCCUCCACACUUCGCCAUGCCCCCUCUGAAGGCUCCGCCCCCUCUUUGGGUUCUGUGGACGAAUGGCUGAAAAUCAUUGGACUUGAGCAAUACAGAGAAAACUUCAGCACAGCAGGAUUCUGCAGCUUACAGAGCGUCUUACCCAUGAGUCACGAGGAUCUGGCCAAGAUGGGAAUCUCAUGCAGUGCACAUCAGAGGAAGAUCCUGAGCAGCGUGCAGGAGUUAUUGUCUGGAAUGCAUCACAGACAAGACACAAAGGUUCCUGUCUGAUCUGACGAGGAAAAAACAACAAUGCAUCAUUGGUUAACAUGGAUCACGAAGGACGGAAUAUUUCACAUCACUCUUGCACUUUAAUUAAUGUGAACGGUAUGAAGAUCAGAAUGAAUGAGCUAAAGUGCACUUUUCUGGGCCGCUUUGUGCUUCUAUAAGGAAUUUUCUUCAAGUCUAAGGAUUUUAAACUGGCAUUUUGCCGACAAUUAAAAUGACUUAAUGCGUCUCUCUGGAUGAGAUGUUUCUGGCCCUGUUGUUCUAGGUGGCGAGGCAGUGUUUUUUGACAGGAGAAAGUUUGAGAAGCGUCCUCCUUCUGUAAGUGGAAAGAACUGUUUCAACUAAGUGCAAACAGACUACGACGCUUUUCACCUCAGGAUCUUUUCAGGAUGGCCACUCAUCAUCAGCCGGAAGGAAUUGUUCCCUGUGGAUGAGAUUUGAGCAUUAUAUUCAAACAGAUCUUUUGCCUCGGGAGAUGAUUUUGAGCCUUUGCAAACGAAACUAACAGACCUUUUGGACGGUGUGUGUUUGUUUUAUGAAGGCCAGAUGGGAGUUUCAGAGGCAUUGCUGAAUGGAAAAUGAUAUUGCUUUAUUUGUUGAAAAAAAAUAAUAAUAUAAAAUAAAGGGAACGAGGAGAUAGAUCCAGAUAAGAUUUAGUCUUAAGUUACUCAUGUUCCUUGUAUCCAAUCUUUGCAUUUUUAAGUAGCAAAGUAAAAGACUGAUUCUUUGUAAAUCUUGUUUCUUUCUCUCCUUUCAGUUUCAUUUAUUUCCACGUCUAAAUAAAUCAUACGCAAACAGCUAAAUCUGUGUAUAAUUUGAUCAAAUGUUUGAAACUGCUGAACUGGAUCAUUGUGAGAAUUUCAUAGUCAUAGAUAUAUUUUUUGAAACUUUUUUUCACUGUACAUAAUCUAGGAUUUUGUAUGUACAUAGUUUUUAAUUGUUUUUCUUCAUGAUGUACAUAAUACCAGCAGACGUUUCUGUGUACAGCUUCUGAGUUCCCUUCUUCCUUUUUUCUUUCUAUGUGUUAACGGAAUGUAUUUAAUUAUACAGCGAGCAUAAUAUUCAUGUUGGCAGUAAAUGUAACAUUGUAAAACAGCAGUACAUUUAAGAAGAUUCGGUAACAGGUUGAGGAGUCUUUUAAUUUCACAGUUUCUGUAUUUCCACCUUUAGGUGCACCUAACUUAUGAGCUUUAUUUAUGAUCUUUUGUAUCUAGUUCAU